UGCGCGGGCGUGGCGCGGAAAGAAAGUCCGUCAGUCAGCUGGCAGUUUUGCAGUUUUCUUGGACGGCCGCGAGUGUUGUGACUCGCGAUGCCCCUCGGCAGCUGAAUCAUCCCUAAACACCCUCAUCAGCCCCGUUACAGCUGAUAGACUGACGAUGGGCGAGCGACGCGGCACAAAGGCGUUGGAGAUCUGGUGCAGAAGGGUCACCGAGGGAUACCCUGGCGUCUCGGUCGACAACAUGACCACCUCUUGGCGCGAUGGACUCGCCUUCUGCGCCCUCAUUCAUCGCUUCCGGCCGGACCUCAUUGAAUUUGACCGCCUGACGAGCAAAGACGCCCGUUACAACAAUGACCUUGCCUUCACCACUGCUGAGCGCCACCUGGGGAUCCCUGCCCUGCUGGACGCUGAAGACAUGGUCGAGUGCCAAAUUCCAGAUCGUCUCUCGGUGCUCACCUAUGUCGCCCAGUACUACAGAGCUUUUGGCGAGGCUUCCUUUGCCAUGGGUCUGAUCUCACCAGGCCGUGGCAGUCCUCUGAGGAGAGAGAACAGUGCAAGCAACCCUUCCACUCCUGUUACCACCCCGGAGUCCGAGCAGCCUCCGAAAAAGAGCGGGUUGGUGUUGGGACGUCGGGAGUUGUGCGAGGGGUGCGGAGAGGCUGUCUUCCUGGCUGAGCGAUUACGUAUAGGCGGCCGCACCUUCCAUCGGCGGUGUCUGCGUUGUGCGCGUUGCGGCGCCCAACUCAGCCUGGCCAACUGCUACGAGACCGAGAGUCAUGUCUACUGCUGCGAGGUGUGCCCUGACGAAGAACGCGCACCUCGGGAGAGCAGUGAGCAGACGGACAGUGACAAUGAGGAAGUCGCCACCCCCGCACCCGACCAGGACGACGAGUGGAGCGCCUCGUGCGAGAGCGCCCUCGAGGCGCACCACCCGCCUCCCUCGCCCCCUUCCGCCCCCAACAACCACAAUGUUACCAGCAGCGCUCUUGAUCUCAAUGUGAUCUCACAAGAAGAAGUGUCAGCGGAGCAAAAUCAAGAGGAAGAGGAAAAGCCACAAGAACAGGAAGCUGAGGUGCUGCCCGAACUGCCCACCUCGGCGCCACCGUCAGUGGUCAGCAAGUGGCUUUUGGAAGACAAAGAAGAGGAAAAAGCUGAUGAUAAGCCUAUGCAAAUAAUGACUAACAAUAGUAGUAUUACCAGUGUACAUAGCAGCUCUGAUUUGGAAACGACAGGCACAAAACAAGACGAAAUUCAACAGGCGCAAAAAGAAGAAAUGCCUACAAUUGUAGUAGAGGAGGAGAAAGUGUACCCCGACGAUUUGAAUCCCUUUGGAGAUGAAGAGGAAGAAGUUGAAGAGAAGAAAGAAAGCCCAAAGAAGGUCAUUUCGCUAAACCCAUUUGGUUCAGACUCCGACGAGGAAGAGGUCAAGGAGGAGGUCAAACCCUCUCCUAGAAGAUUAAUCCCCGUGGAGCCAAGUCUGAAUCCCUUUUGGGAAGAUGGUGACGAAGAAGAGGAGGAGAAGCCAGUGCCAAGACCCAGAUCCUUUCAAAAGGACUUUCCUUCCACUCCAAAUCCAAUGCCGAGAACUUCUCUGCCAGCCAGCAGUCCGCUGGGUUCUUUGAAAAAGAAGAAAAAACCGCCCCCACCACCUCCACCUACAGCGUCCAACAACACAACUCCUACACCGUCUCCCUCCAGCACGUUGAGUAAGGCGCGCAAAAAUCGGAGAGCGCCCCUUCCACCUGGCAGCUCGCCGCCAAAGGAAACCAAAGACGAACUGAACCGACGGCAGCAGGUGGCGCCGGAAAAGAGCCACCAGGGUGAGUGGAAACGCAAAAAGCGGCCAGCGCCAGGACUCCCGAUUCCUCCAAGGCGGCAGGUUAUUGCCAUUCCAAUAGAAGAAGCUCGACGAGAGCUGGAAAUGAUUGAAGUGCAGCAACGAGGCCUGGAAAAACAGGGCGUCCGACUGGAGGAGGAAAUCAGGACAAGGUUGGAGAAAAGUGUCAGUGCCGAAGACGAACACAGCCUGCCUGUGGAUGUGGAGGAAAUGGUGAUGCAGCUGAUGGACCUCGUCAUGGAGAAGAACGAACUCUUCCGAAGACAGGCGGAGCUCAUGUACUUGAAAAGACAGCACCGUUUGGAGGAGCAACAAGCUGAGCUUGAGUGGCGGAUUCGUUGUUUGCUUCAAAAACAAGACAAGGUGGAGGCGGAUGUAGCUCUGGAGGAGGAGCUCAUUAAUAGACUGGUGGAAGUUGUCGAGCAGAGAAACGAAAUAGUCGAUUGUUUGGAAAUGGAUAGGAAGAGAGAGGCUGAUGAGGAUAAAAGCGUUCGAGAGCACAGGCAAAUGAUUUCAGAUCGCCACCUCCAACCAGAGGAAGAGAAAGAAGUGAUGAAGGCCAAGGGCAAGAAGUUGAAAAUCAAGUUGCUCCAGAAGGGCAAGAAGGAUAAGAAAAAGAAUAAGGAAGCCAAGGAGCUAAAAGACGCAGAAAACUCCCCUAACAAAAGUAGCCAGAAAUCGCCCAAGAAGAAAUGGUUUUGAAUUAAAAUGAGCAAUAAUAAUUGUUACUCUUUCAUAGCUCAACUUUUUGUUUUGACUUAAUUAUUAUCUUUGAAUUUGCUGAUUGUUUUUAGUCAGCGCUUCUAUAAAGUGCCUUAAUAGAAUUCUAUUUUGUUUACUGCCUGCCUGUUAUACUAUUUUUUAAGAGCAAUAUAACUGAAAUAUGUAAAUAUUGUAAAAUUUUUUGCCUCAUAUUUUUUUCGUACCAUAUAAGUAAAUGAAAUGUGACAAGAACUACUCAUAGAAAGCUAGCAACAUGCUGAUUGCUAAUAAAAAAUUUCCUUGGAUCGA